AUCCUUUCAUCGCCCACUCAUCUCUUCGAUCUGCGGCGCGGCUCCACGACACAAAGACGCGGCGGCGAGACAUGAGCUGGAGGCGGACGGAGCAUGCGAGCAACGGCGGCGGCGGCAGCGGACCCACACGACGAGCCUUCACCACGGACUAGCGUCUGGCGCGCGCAGGGAUACCGCGGAGCUCCGCCGAUGUGCGCAACAGCGGAUUUAAGGCAUCAAAGAGCGCGGAGAGCCGAAAGAAAGCCGCAUCACCGCACAAGACCGUGGUGGACAACAUGGCUAAAACUCUGCACCUCCUGCAGAAAUCGUCAGACGGCGUGCCGACCGGUCUCUCCUUGGACGUGAGCCUGGACGUGGACGCGGGGGACGGCUUCCCGGAGCGCUCGCUGGUCGGACUGUCGGACAAAAUCCCUCUGGUGAAGCCUCACUUCAAGAAGAAGCAGAGGAAAUUAGACGCCGCAUGCCUUCACCGCGCCUUGGAGGAGCCCAUGCUGAGCUCCCUGCUGGGCGGCGACAUGGCGGGGGACGGCGUCUUUGUGCCCCGGAGCCAGGCCGGACGCACCCCGGGGAACUUGUGCGCGGCGGCCGCGGCCAAACAGAACCGUUUAAGCUUGAAAGACUCGGCGGCUGAGGCGGCCGCGCCGGUGACCGCGGUCUUGCUGGCCGGCGGCGGCGACGUGGAGAUGGCGGAUGCUACUGCCGAGCUGGAGGAGGCGGAGCGGCGCGGCGAGCGACCCAAGGCGGGCCUCGUGGCUUCAGGGAGCCCGGCGGCGAUAACCGCCAGCAGGGACGUCCCUGCUCCGGCUGCACCGCAGGGUUCUCACCAGGACGGAGCCAUCAAAGGCGGCGAGCCCAAGCCCCCUCCUCUAAAAGACUGCUCCGGCCUCCAGGACCCCCACCCCCUACUCCUGCAAGCCCCCCAGCCCGACAAAGGAGAGCUUUUCCAGGAUAAAAGCGAAGAAGCGUCCCUGGACCUGGUCUUCGAGCUGCUCACCCAGCUGCAGUACCACACCCACCAGGCCGACUCGGUGGACAUUUGCGUGAACUUCCUCCAAGGACAAUGUGUGUACGGCAGCGACUGCGCUUACCACCACACCGUCCUGCCCUACCACUGGCAGAUCCACAGGAGCGACGCUCAGGCGUGGCAAAGUGUGGCCGACGAGUCCCAGGAGCAGCUGGAGAGGUUGUACUGCAACCCGGACAACGACAAAGUCAGGCUGAAGUAUCAGGGCUCGGUGUUCUCCCUGGACUUUGGCGCCAUGCGGGUGGGUGACCUGAAGUUUGACCGCGUCCGGCGACUGACCACUCCCCCCAGCCCCUUCCCCGUGCCGGGGACAACCUCAGGCCCCGCCCCCAGCUGUCACACCGUGUGGAAGUACUACUGCAGAGACAACUUUGGAUGGAGGGAAUACUCUGAGCCGGUGGUGAAGCUCAUCGAAAAGGCGACGGUGAGAGGUCUGAAGGAGGUGCGCUUCAUCACGCUGCAGAACCAGUACAUCCUGAACAUCAGGGAGGGCUUCCAGCAGAACGCCAUGUUUGGCUUCAGGCGCCAGAUCAAAAGGCGACCAAUGUUCAUGUCCUCCGUCAUGCUGGCUCCCCUCUUAGAAACCUUGGGCGGUCUGGCUUCGUCGCCGGCGUCCUGUUCUUCUUCUUCUUCCUCCUCGUCCACGUCCGCCGUCUCCCUGAUGGACGCGUCGGCGCCACACCCUCUCUCCCCGACCACGCCCGCGCUCUUUCCAGAGACCUGGUUGCCCAUGGCGAUGAGCCAGGACUUCCUGCAGGUGCCCAUGUCCCGGGACGACCGCAGCUACAGGACCGUGUACAGCCUGUUCCACAAGACCGUGUCCGAGACCAAGUUCAGGAUCAUCAAGAUCCUGCGGGUGCAGAACCCUUUCCUCUGGGAGAAGUACAAGAGGAAGAAGGAGUACAUGUCGCGGCGCAUGUCUGAGAUGGAGCGGCUGCUGAGCGAGCGCCACCUCUUCCACGGCACCUCGGCAGACGUGGUGGAAGGCAUCUGCAAACACAACUUUGACCCGCGUGUGUGUGGCAAGCACGCCACCAUGUUCGGUCAGGGCUCUUACUUCGCACGCAAGGCCGUCUACUCGCACAACUUCUCCAAGCGCUCGCCCAAAGGAGUCCACUGCAUGUUCUUGGCCAAAGUCCUCACUGGCAGGUUCACGGUGGGGAACCCCUCCAUGCGGCGCCCGCCCCCCGUCAGUCCCCGAGACGCCUCCAGUGACCUUUAUGACUCGUGUGUGGACAACUGGGUGGAGCCUCAGAUCUACGUCAUCUUCAACGAUGACCAGAGCUACCCUUACUUUGUCAUCCACUAUGAGGAGGUGCCCAGCACCGUCGCCCUCUGACUCCCACCCCACCCCGCAUCAACAACACCCGGACUCCCAGGGACUCUUUGCAGACCUCGGACGCCACUCAACUGGAAGCGACUGGAGCGUCACUCAGUACUCAGCACUCAGUACUCAGCAGGUGUACUACAGUACUACAGAACACCUAACUUGGUACUAUAGUACUUCAGUACGUGUACAUCAGGGGUGUCCAACUUGCAACACCACCACUACUCCAACUACCAUUGCUGACAUCCGCUAGCCCGACGUAAAUGCUAACGUUAGCGUGCUAACAGUCAGAAUACGCAAUGUACCGAGUCAUAUGAUCAUGAAGCCUACGCAUGUUAGCUUUAAAUAUAAAUUUAAAAAAAGUUAGCAUGCUAACGUUAGCAUGCUGACAGUUAGCAUGUAUUAACCCCAAGCUAAAGGUGUUUGGCAUGUAAAAUUGGCUGAAAAGGUUAUCAUGCUAAUGUUGGCAUGAUGACAGUUAGCACAUGUCAAGUAGCAAGUUCUAUGAUGUUUUUCGGCUGCAAAAUAGCCACAAAAAGGUUAGCAUGCUAACAUAAACAUUAUAGCAUGCUAUUUUUGGGGGGAAAUGUAGAAAGUACCAAGUCUUUUGACCGUGAAGCGUAUGGAUGUAAAAUUAGCUAAAAAAAAAACUAAAAAAAAGUUAGCAUGCUAACCAUAGCGUCUGCUAAGUACCAAAUUAUGACGUUUUCAGCUGCAAAAUUGGCAAAUAAAUUAAAUGCUUAUGAUAGCAUGUUAAACAAUUGAAAUUCGUCAAGUACCAAGUCUUAUGACCACGAAGCGUACACAUGUCAAUUUAGCUAAAAAAAAAAAAAAGGCAUGCUAGCGUUAGCAUGCCAACAGUUGGUAUGUAUUAAGUACCAAGUUAUAUGACUCCAGAUGUCUGGCUGAAAAAAAUGAUCAUGCUAAUGUUAGCACGUGUCAAUUAAGUCAUAUGACCAUGAAGCGUACAUAUGUAAAAUUAGCUUAAAAAGUUGUCAUGCUAACAAUUAGCAUGUGGUGAGUACCAAAUUAUAUGACUCGAGGUGUUUUUCUGUAAAAUUGGCUGAAAAAGUUAUCAUGCUAAUGUUAGCACGUGGCAAGUACCAAGUCGUACGACCAUGAAGCGUGCAUAUGUCAAAUUAGCUUAAAAAGAGUUGGCAUGCUAACAAUUAGCCUGUGUUAAGUACGAAAUUAUAAGAGAUGUUUUGCUGUAAAAUUGGCUGAAAAAGUUAUGCUAAUGUUAGCAUGUGUCAAGUACCAAGUCAUACGACCAUGAAGCGUGCAUAUGUCGAAUUAGCUAAAAAAAAAGUUGGCAUGCUAACAAUUAGCAUGUGUUAAGUACCAAAUUAUAAGAGAUGUUUUGCUGUAAAAUUGGCUGAAAAAGUUAUCAUGCUAAUGUUAGCACGUGUCAAUUAAGUCAUAUGAUCCUGAAGCGUACAUAUGUCAAAUUAGCUAAAAAAGUUGGCAUGCUAACAAUUAGCAUGUAGUUAGUACCAAGUUAUAUGAUUGAAGAGAUAUUUGACUGUAAAAUUGGGUGAAAAAGUUAUCAUGCUAAUGUUAGCAUGUGUCAAGUACCAAAUCAUACGACCAUGAAGCGUACAUAUGUCAAAUUAGCAAAAAAAAAAAGUUGUCAUGCUAACAAUUAGCAUGUGUUAAGUACCAAAUUAUAAGAGAUGUUUGGCUGUAAAAUUGGCUAAAAAAGUUAUUUUAAUGUUAGCACGUGUCAAGUACAAAGUCAUAUGAUCCUGAAGCGUACAUAUGUCAAAUUAGCUAAAAAAGUUGGCAUGCUAACAAUUAGCAUGUAGUUAGUACCAAGUUAUAUGAUUGAAGAGAUAUUUGACUGUAAAAUUGGCUGAAAAAGUUAUCAUGCUAAUGUUAGCAUGUGUCAAGUACCAAAUCAUACGACCAUGAAGCGUGCAUAUGUCAAAUUAGCAAAAAAAAAGUUGUCAUGCUAACAAUUAGCAUGUGUUAUGCACCAAAUUAUAAGAGAUGUUUGGCUGUAAAAUUGGCUAAAAAAGUUAUUUUAAUGUUAGCACGUGUCAAGUACAAAGUCAUAUGAUCCUGAAGCGUACAUAUGUCAAAUUAGCUAAAAAAUUUGUCAUGCUAACAAUUAGCAUGUGUUAAGUACCAAAUUAUAAGAGAUGUUUGGCUGUAAAAUUGGCAAAAAAAGUUAUUUUAAUGUUAGCACGUGUCAAGUACAAAGUCAUAUGAUCCUGAAGCGUACAUAUGUCAAAUUAGCUAAAAAAUUUGGCAUGCUAACAAUUAGCAUGUGUUAAGUACCAAAUUAUAAGAUGUUUUGCUGUAAAAUUGGCUGAAAAAGUUAUCAUGCUAAUGCAGGCAUGCUAACAGCACGUGUCAAGUUCUACGAGUUUGACAAAAUUGGCUAAAAACGUUAGCAUGCUACCGUUAGCAUUGCUGCUGCAGGCUGAGCCAAUCAGAGACCCCGAUGCUGAGCAGUGAUAGUUUUGGUCUGUUCCAAUGUCAAAUACGUGUCUAUUGUUGACAUUUUCACUUCAUUUCCACAUUUAAAAAUGCAUCAUCAGGGCAACAUUUGCGAUGUUGUUGUUUUUUUACUGUUAGCACAAAGCUAAGAAGUUGUGUUUAGCAUUCAUGGGUUGAACUCUCUUGUCUGGCCUUUGACAUCUUUCUUGUGCAAAAUGUAUCAAAGUUUGGACACCCCUGGUUUUUAUGCGCGGCAAAUUGUAACCAAAGUGAUGAAAUUUGACUAAAAAAAGAUUUCUUUGGAUGAAUCUUCUGGAAUGUCUGCUUACUAUUUCUGUUUUUUUAUUUCAGGAAAACCAUUUUCACACUGAAUUUAAUUAGCUGCAUGUUUUGCACUAAACAUGGCGGGGAAAAAAGGAGUCACUAAUUGAUGUUUUAGCGUGAAAGAAGAAAUGAGCAUCAAGAAAACAAAGAGUGGGAUAAAAGAAGGCUCGGUGAGCGUGUGGCCCACUCACUGACUGUACUGACACUGCACUGAUACCGUGUGUCCUUACAGUUGUUACAAAUAUAUCCUGUUUCAGUACAAAACAUGCAUUUAAUUCAACUUUUAUUAAAACCAUCUAAAAACAAAAAAAUGUUUACAUAAAGUGUGAAAAAAUAAAAAUAAAAUUCUGCUUGUGGCCCCUCCGUA